CACCAUCUCAUCACAACUAAAUUCCAUUCCACUGCCGAUAAUGGCAACCCCAACCCCUGGACAACCGAAUUUCGAGUUCCAAAAACUCAGCAAAACCGUCUUUCUUUUCACCCCUCCGACGACACCUCCCGCGAACUCCACAGAUCCAACAACAAUCCUCAUCUGCCAAUGGAUGGGCAUCUCUCCUAAGUCGCGCUCUCUCAACACGGCCUAUAACCAAUACCGUAGCCUUUAUCCCAACUCCAGGAUCCUGUCCGUCCGGUCCCUCCCAGAAUACUUCAGCACCGCCACAGCAUCAACCCGUCGCGCCUCUCUCAAGCAAAUAAUCUCCGCCAUCGACUCAGACCCCGCGCCUGAAAAGCGGCUCCUCGUUCAUCUCUUCAGUAAUGGCGGGUCACUGAGCUUCUCGGAUAUCAGUGAGAUUUACAAGCAGGGGACAGGUCACGUUCUCCGCGCAAAAGCUAUCAUCUUUGACUCCUGCCCCGGACGUCCGACGGUUGCUGAGGGAUGGGCCGCAAUAUCCACCGGCCUCCCCAAGGGCAUCCUCUGGUAUCUUGCUGCUGCCGGUAUCUUACUGAUGUUUGGCGUGAUUGCGAUUGGGCGGUAUGGCCUGGGCAUUCCGACGUUCCUUGAUAGGGUUUUCCCGAAACUGAAUGAUUGGGAAUUGGUGGAUAGGAGGGCAAAGAGACUUUAUAUUUGGAGUGACGCGGAUAAGGUUGUUGCUGCUAGAGACUGCAGAGAGCAUGCCAGGUUGGCGAAAUUGGAAGGCGUGAAGGUGUCAACGCUGGAGGAGACGGAGACGGCGCAUAUGACGGCGCUUGUCAAGGAUGGGGAGAGGUAUUGGAGCACGGUUGAGAAGUUCUGGGAGGGUUCCAAGUAACGGAAAGUAGAGCGAUUUGCGGGGUUGCCUGGGCACUCUUCGUAGUCGUGUGGCACUUUGCAUCGUGUUAGACAUUCUGAAAGCUGUUUCUAUCAAUCUUCUUCGGAAAAUCGUACAUUCGAAAGUUUGAAGGCUCUACACUUUUCGGGUAUAAAUUGGCGAUGUUCCCAGCAAAGCACCCAAUCAGUACUAGCAAAUCUUUCAGCUUCUUCUCAACGCUGCAUUUUCCUUCACCUCGCUUUGACAAGUCGAAUCAUUGGUUUGCUCCUACUUUACAAACC